GAGUGCACCCGAGGAGAUGUCUUCAUAGCGGCCCGUCUCUCGGUACCGCGAGGUGGUCAAAUCGCCGCCCAACGCCUGACCGAAGCCGCGAGACGUGCGCUUCGAGCAGGAGCUGACGGGCGAGGGCUACCAGCGGAACUGCCUCCUUUGAGCAUUAGCUUCACCCUCAAUCUUCGUCAUACAUGUUUGAGCCUCCUGAUCACAUACGCAAAAUGGAUGAGAUGCCUCACAGACAUGACCGCAAAUGCACUCAUAAGGAGGCCUCCGUGAUGAAUUGUGUUUGCUGCAAGUAUAUAUUGGGGAGUUAUUAA